AACUAGUCAUAGGGUUUUAGCGGGGGUUUCACCGCACCACAGAGCGUCAGACAACCGGAGCACCGCGGCAGCAAAGGGAAGGGCGGCAAGCGGCGAUGGAAUUCUGCCCGGCGUGCGGGAUGCUGCUGCAGAUCCAGCCGGCCACCGGCGGCCACCGACUGCGCCUCUUCUGCCCUACCUGCCAGUACGUCUGCCCCAUCAAACAUAAGAUCGUGAAGAAGGCGAAGUUGGUGAAGAAGGAGCUGGAGUCCACGGAAUCUGCCUCGAAGACCGACGGUGAGCCCAAGGAAUCUGCCUCCAAAACUGACGGGGAGCCCAAGCAAUCUGCCCCCAAAACUGACGGGGAGCCCAAGCAAUCUGCCCCCAAAAUUGACAGUACAUAACCAAAUGAUCACAAUGGAGAUACAUACUUUUGGCAGAUGCAGAUUUUGGUUAUGAUGAUACUCGCUGUGUUGUUGAACUAAAAAGUAUGUAUACAUGUGAACAUGUGAAGCUUCUCAUAAUCAACUUGACAAAAGCCACCAAUGUUCUGCAAAAUAAAGGGGUACAUCUAAUGGUAACGGAAGUGGAGAAGUUUGCUUCAAUGUUGGUUUGGUCGUUGGGUACUUUUAUUUUUGUGGCACUGGAGGCCUCAUGGUGCAAGAGGUGUUGUUUUGGUGUAUGUAUGGACACUGUUGCGCAGUUACGGCCAGGAAAUGGCCUGUGAGUCGUGUGAUUGUGAGUUUGCGCAUUGCGUCUGUUCUCCAACAUAAAAAAAAAAGUGAGGAGUUUUCGAGAAUUAUGAGCUGCA